AGUCACUGUGUUAGCACUUCAGGAAAUAUCGAAUGCAGUUCGCGAGUAGGGUGCGAGCGAAGGAGAAUCUUGACCAAGGUCGAUGUAUGUUCUUACCCGGUUUAUGCCAUCAUUUUAUCUGCGCUGGAGAAAAUAAGCGUGAAUAUUUUUAGGCCGAGAUAUUUCCCUGGAAAAACAAGGGAACCUCUCUUCGUGGAAUAAGUACCCAUGUGUAUCCUAGACAGUAUGCAAACGUUCUCGUUACCGACUUCGUUUUGCCUCAGAUUUGCAUCGAUGGAUAGCUAAGGAUUUUACGUCGAUAGCGUUCAAUUUUCGGUCUUUGGGUACUUUUAAUCUCAGGGAGUUAAAUCGGUGUAAAAUAAUCUUCCACCGCUGUAAAGUAACUGGACCUCAUAUCGUUUUACAAGACCACAUUAGCCAUAAUAUUGUACUCACCAUCUGAGUCUGAACAGGAGUUGUGAAGGAUGCGCACCGAGAAGAACAACAAUGCACCCGAGACCGUGGCAGAAUGCAACCCAGACGGACGCGAACAUGAAAAGAUGGGUCUAAAUGGGAUUGACAGCCAGCCCGAGGCAUCGAGCUGCGAAACGCAGAUUGGUGACCGCGAUCAAUCCACUGUCCCUGACAUGGAGCAGGAGCAAGGCACCGGGGAACAGGAAAACCGCUCGGAGAAACAAGAUGAUGGGGAAGGGAACUGGAAAAAAGCACAAGAUGACAACACUGUGCACCUUAUCGAGACAGGAUGCUUUGACAAAUCCCCAGCGUCUCCAAGCUCCGAGACCAGACCCAUGGUCCCCUCCAGUGGACAAGACGCCGGGUUUGUGGCGCCCGAGGGGGGGUUCGGAUGGCUAGUGGUCUUCGCUGCUACGUGGUGCAACGGGUCAAUCUUUGGAAUUCAGAAUUCCUUCGGCAUUCUACACAUGAUGCUUGUGAAAGAACACGGAGAUGACAGUGACCACGCUUCCCAGUUUAAAGUGGCCUGGGUUGGGGCGCUGGCCAUGGGCAUGAUAUUCUUCUGCUCUCCUGUCGUCAGCAUGUUCACGGACCACUUUGGCUGCCGGAAAACAGCUGUCAGCGGAGCUCUUAUUGCCUUCCUCGGACUCCUCACCAGCUCCUUCGCCAAGUCCCUGGGUCUGCGCUACUUCACAUAUGGCAUCCUCUUUGGCUGUGGCUCGUCCUUCGCCUUCCAGCCAUCGCUGGUCAUCCUGGGCCACUACUUCCGCCGGCGGCUGGGACUGGCGAACGGUGUGGUGACAGCGGGCAGCAGCAUCUUCUCCAUGGGCCUGCCCGUGCUGCUCAAGAAGGUGGUGGGGCCGCUGGGCCUCAGCCGCACCUUCCAAGUCCUCAGCAUCUUCAUGUUUGUCCAGGCCCUGCUCGCCCUCACCUUCCGGCCUCUGCUGCCGAGCCACGCCCACGGCCCCGCCCACGACCCCGGUGCCGCUCCGCCCCCUGCUGGCCGCUGGCAGCGGGUGCUCGCCCAGGUCCGGAAGUACUUCAACCUGAGGGUGUUCUAUGUUACCACAUACAGGGUGUGGGCCUUCGGUGUGGCCACCGCUGUGCUGGGCUACUUCGUGCCCUACGUCCACCUGAUCAAAUUUGUGAAGGAGCAGUUCAAGGAGACACAGAAAGAGUGGGUCCUGCUGGUGUGCAUCGGUGCCUCCUCUGGAGUGGGUCGCCUCAUCUUUGGGAAAGUGGGGGACCUGAUCCCGGGGGUGAAUAAGAUCUACAUGCAGGUGGUGUCGUUCUCGGUUCUGGGCCUCAUGUCCAUGAUGAUCCCCCAGUGCCAGAUAUUUGAGGGCCUGAUCGCCGUCUGCUUCUUCCUGGGCCUCUGCGACGGUUGCUUCAUCACCAUCAUGGCUCCCAUAGCCUUCGAGCUGGUGGGACCCAUGCGGGCCUCCCAGGCCAUUGGCUACCUGCUGGGCCUCAUGGCCGUGCCCAUGACUGCCGGACCCCCUAUUGCAGGACUCCUGCGGGACCACUUUGGGAACUACCACAUGGCGUUCUACCUGGCCGGGAUCCCGCCCAUUGUGGGUAGCCUGGUGCUCUUCUUCGUGCCCCUCAUCCACCGUCGGGCGCAGAGGGGCCAGCAGGGGGCGGCAGCGGACCCCAGCACCGACAAGAUGCUGCCCCUGCCCAAGGGCUGCGCCAACGGGGACAUGCUGCCCGGCUUCACCGACGUGGAGACGCACAUCUGAGGCACCCCCUCCUCACGCAAAGGGAUUCCGUUCACCAGCAAUACUGUGAUAAUCCAUCAGACCCUCCGUGUUCAAUACAGGUGCUCCCUCCCUCCCCUGGUCAUCGCUGUUCCAUGUACCCUCCCUCUGCUACAUUGAGGAAGAGUUCCACUCUGUAAAAACACCUCACAAUGGGGCACCAGCCGUGCCCCAAAAUCCUUCCCCCCACCCCCCCCCACUCCUUCACCCAUACCUCCUCACUGGACUGCUAUGACUGAGAUGUAGGAAGGCGUGUACAAUCUAACCUCACAAGCUGCUGUAGUGCGAGAGACCUAUGUGGGCAGGAGAGGUGUGUGGGUCCUUUGUUAGAGAAUGGGCUAGUGCUUUUUUCCCCGUCUUGAAAUGGCAUUACAUCGUGAGAGGAUGUCAGACGGGCCUGUUCCCCUGGGGACGUUUGACUUCAAAUCUCGGCGUCUGACAUCAGAAGCGCAGUUUCAGUUUCCUCUGUGUCUGCGUGCGUGUGUGUGAGCAUGUGUGUCACUGUGUCUGCAUGUUUUUUUAGGGAGUGUGUGAGAGGUUUUUCUCUGGCCAAUGAAGGACCAACACCUUCAUCGAAAGAACCAAUCAGAGCUAUGAGCACAUGCCCCAUCUUUGCAGUUGUCCUUUGUUUUGAGGAGGGCAAUCAAAUUCACAACAUCCACUUCGCCAUAAAUGUCGAGAAAAUGCUGCCAUUUAAAACGCCGGCAUUGCACACAUGUGACUCCUCCCACAAUGUACAGGUGCGUGUCCUCUCACAUGGCAGAAGGCAAAAGGCCAGAGGUGACACUGUAUACAGUGUCACUGCUGAAAUUAAAACUAAAAUGAAUCAGAAUUUGUGAAAUGAUGAAAAGCAGAGAAAACUAAAUGAGGC